UGUUUGCGGAAGUGAACUCGACCAUUCUGUCAUUUUAAUGAAAUGUAACAGCGUUCACGUUUUAUAAAUACAUAUGCAGGUUAUUUUGUAGCCCGUCAUAAAUUAACGAUGACUUUACCAAAGGGACCGGACUCUUUGUGCUUCGACAAAGACGAAUUUAUGAAGGAUGACUUCGACGUGGACACGUUUGUGGCUGAUUGCAGAAAGCGCGUCCAGCUGGAGGAGAUGCGUGAAGAUCUGGAACAAUAUUACAGACUCCUCAAAACAGCAAUGGUGGAGCUCAUCAAUAAAGACUAUGCAGAUUUUGUUAACCUAUCUACCAACCUUGUUGGAAUGGAUAAAACCCUCAAUCAGCUCUCUGUACCUCUUGGCCAGCUACGUGAAGAAGUGCUGAGUCUGAGAUCCUCUGUGAAUGAAGCUAUUGAAGCUAUAGAUACACGGUUAUCCAAGCAAGACGACAUUCAAAAAAAGAAGAUCUGUGUGUUAAGACUCAUCCAAGUUGUUAGAUCAGUGGAGAAGAUUGAGAAAAUUCUUCACCAAAACACCAAAGACACAACAUCACUAGAGACCAGCAGUCCCCUUUUGGCAGGUCAAAUUCUAGAGCGAAUUGCCACUGAGUUCAACCAGUUACAGUUUCAUGCUGUCCAGAGCAAAGGAAUGCCACUGCUUGAUAAAGUGCGCCCGAGAAUAGCUGGUAUCACAGCUAUGCUUCAGCAGUCCUUGGAAGGCCUGUUGAUCCAAGGCCUCCAGACGUCAAAUGUAGACAUUGUGCGACAUUGUCUCAGAACAUAUGCUACCAUCGAUAAAACCAGAGAUGCAGAGGCACUGGUUGGACAAGUCUUAGUCAAACCAUACAUGGAUGAGGUUAUAGUUGAACAGUUCGUUAAAUCCAAUCCUAAUGGUCUUAAGAUGUUGUACACAAAGUUGUUGGAGUUUGUGCCUCACCAUUGUAGACUCCUGCGGGAGGUGACUGGUGGGGCUAUCUCUAGUGAUAAAGCCGACAUUGUUCCAGGAUAUGACUUCCUGGUGAACUCCGUCUGGCCUGAAAUCAUUAGAGGUGUAGAGGAAAGAAUCUCUUCCCUUUUCAGUCCAGGAAACCCAGAUGUUUUUUAUGAGAGAUACACUGUCAGCAUGGAUUUUGUGUGCAAGUUUGAGAGGCAGUGUGGUUCCCAGGCCAGUGUAAAGAGACUGCGAGCACAUCCAUGCUACCAGAGCUUUCACAACAAAUGGAACCUGCCAGUGUACUUCCAGCUGAGGUUCAAGGAGAUUGCUGGAAGGCUAGAAAAUGCCAUUGCAGAUGGACUAGAAGCAGCGCCAGUGGGAAGCAGCUACCACCUACAGGUCACUGAGGUGUUGUGGAGCUGUGUGUACAGGUGCUGGGCUAACCAGGUGUACCUGGCACCACUUGCUCAUCGAUUUUGGAAGCUGAUGCUGCAGCUGCUCUCUAGAUAUGCCACUUUCCUUACAGAGGUCUUAACAAAUAUUUCACCUCCAGAAACAAGCAAAGAUUCAGUGCGACCACCCCCAAGUUCCGCCUCCUCCACUUCCAGCCGUACAUCACAGGAUGCAGAUAGCGAGAGCGGUGGCCCCACCGCACUGUCUACCAAGCAACUCGUCUUCAUUGCAGCCGAUGUUGAUAAAUUACAAGAGCAGAUUCCAGAUAUCUCUGAGAUGAUCAGGGCAAAACUGGAGGGUAUUGGAUUCAAAAACUUUACUGUUGUUUCAGAAGCUUUGCAGGACUCCAGGGCAUCACUGUCUAGCUGCGUUCCCACACUGAACAGCAGAAUGACUCGGCAUCUAACAGAGAGGAGCAUCCCCUUUCUGAAAAAUGCUUCUGAAGUUCCACGACUUUAUCGAAGGACCAAUAAGGAGGUGCCCACCAGAGCCUCGGCAUAUAUGGACAACGCACUUCGGCCACUCCAUCAGCUGGUCGCUGACUCCAAAAAUGUGGUGAAAGACUCAAUCAUUCAGGAGUGGCUCCGUGUCACACUCUCUGACUGCACCCAUAGAUAUUUUGAGACUAUAUCGGACGUGCUGGGCUCAGUGAGGAAGAUGGAGGAAAGUCUGAAAAGACUGAAGCAAGCUAGGAAAAUGGCCACCACCAGCAAUGUAGGUGUCAAUGUAGGGCCAUCAGAUGACAGUAAGAUCCGUCUACAGCUGGCGAUGGAUGUAGAAUACCUUGGAGAGCAGAUUCAGAAGAUGGGUCUCCAGCCAAGCGACAUCACCAUGUUUUCUUCUCUGCUGGAACUGGUACAAGAGGCAAGAGAUCUUGCUUCAGUGGAGCAGACAGGGUCCUAAACCAGAAUGGCCCUGAAGGGGCCAGAUCAAAAGUAGAGUCCAAAUCGUGUGCCUUGGAGGUUCCAAACACCUUCAGCUUGCAUAUGCUUGGAAAGAUGAAGAACGAAUAAAUGCUUCGCUCAGUAUCUGCUCCACAGACUGAUAGUUCUAUUGUUAAUGUUCUUCCAUUUCUAAGCCAAAUCUUGCAACUGUUCUAACUGCAGAAACCUUGACGUGUUUGGAAUAGGAGCACACUAAAUGAAUGUGAUUUACUCUCUGAAAAAUGUAUUUAAAAUGUAUUGAACUAAAUGGGAUGUUAAGGCUGGAAAAGUCAGAUGUUUCAUGGUUUAAAAUUUUGGGGAAAAGAAGAGUGUUGAAUGAACCAGUAAUACUGUAAGCACUGACAUAUGAAAUGCUAUAAGCUGUUGUGUAUUGUCUAACGUGGUUACAUCAAAUAAUGUCAGUUGACAACCUGAGUUGUGUCUAUCUGAAAUUGCUUUUUCAGGGCUCUGGUGAACCCUGUCAAAUAGCAUCAACUGUGCAAACGCUAAAGAGGUUCAAUGCUUACAUUUUGUCUAUUUUUUUUGUUGUAUUUUACAAAUAUAAAAAUGGGUGUUGGAGUUAACUUGUCUCAGUUACUAAGAGUGGGAUUACUAACAUAUUAAAUGUGGCUUUAACAAUAAAUAAACUU